CCCUGCACUCCAGAAGCUGCACUCUACUCUGCGUCCUCAGGCUGCCAUCCAGAUGUCGCUGUGCAUGACCUCACAUUUCUGCCUGCUGGUCCUACCAGUGAUGUCACUGCUGCUGCUCUUCUCUCCUAUCGGUUGGAGCCAUGACGGCGUCACCCCAGGGUGUCACCUGCAUCCCUUCAACGUGACCAUCCGCAGUGACCGUCGUGGCACAUGUAAGGGCACCCACCUGGUCUACGCCUGCGUGGGCUACUGCGAGUCCAGCGCCUUUCCAUCCAGAUACUCUGUGCUGGUGGCCUCAAACUUCACUCACAACAUCACAUCUGCUUCCAGAUGCUGCACCAUCAGCAAGGAGGCUAAGGUCAAAGUUCCCCUGGACUGCCCUCAAGGUCGUCACCAUGACGAAAUUGAGAUCCUGACGGCGAAGGCUUGUCGCUGCGACAUGUGCCGCAAGUCCCGCUACUGA